AUGGCAUCGUCGAACGGUGAAAAAAGAAAACGUGAAGAGGUCACCGAUUUUUGGGGUGAAAAUAAAAAACAAAGGGGAGAUGGAGAGGCCGAAAAGAGACGAACCAUAGCAUUGGUGAGAAAAUUAUUUAAUGAGAAAGAUAGAGAGAAACGGGAACAGAAUAUUGCAACAAUUGCACAAAUGGUUGUCGCUAGAAAUGAUAAACAAUCGCAAAUAAAUAAACUAGCCGCCAUGGUUAAGAAAACAAAAACUUUAUAUAAAGAAAAACGUAGUUAUAAUAUAGAGGAUCGCGACCUAAUAGAGUUAGCCGCACUUGUGCAAUCGCAAACUAAUGUGACCGUACCAACGAAAGCUUUUUCGGUGCGUCAAAUACGCACACAUCAACGUUUCGGUUAUACCGAAUAUAUAUAUGAUGUAAAUGUGGGUAGUACUCAUAUGGGGAGUUUACCGGAUUUUUUGCUAAAUUUACGACGUGUAUUUGAUUAUUUAAUAAAUACCAUGUUGUAUCAUGCUCAGACGAAUACGGAUAAGGCUAGAUUUUUUAUCUCGAAUGCCCCCCGCACCCCUUUUUCUACAAGCGUAUUGACCGUUACGGAUUUUACAACCGAAAUGUUUUUUAAUAUUUUCAAAAAACACAUGCAAAGUAAUGCAGAAGAGAUUAUAAGUAAUGGGUGGAAUACGACCAUCAGUUUGUACAUUUUCCCAAACAAUUAUGUUUCGCGUAAGAAAACGUCACGGGCAAAAAAGAAAACAAAACAAAAUAAAUUAUAUAAAUAUUUUGGUAAAAACACCGCAGAGUCUGGUAGCGGAAAAAAAUAACCCGGCGUUAAAACAUGGUCGCGAAGUGCGUCAUGGUGUUUUUCAAAUCGGUGUUUCAAAUGUUAAAAAUUGUUGUCUGGCCUUAGCGCUUCUAGUGGGUAAAUCUUAUCUGCACAACAAUUCUAACGCACACAAACUGAAACGUAACAGACACAUACUUCUAAGUAACAUCUAUACAGACGAAGCUAUUACAAACGUGUAUACAGUUAGCCAAUUACCCGUUGGCAUCCCCGUACGUAUUGAUCAAUUAGGCACAGUGUAUGAGAAAUAUUUGAAACCCGACGGGAUAGAUCUGGUUGUUUUUUCUAAACAACAAAGCGACAAUAUUGUCUACGAUUCAAGAUUAGAUGUGGAUCAACGUCUACAUCGUGUUACAAACGACGUUAUUUUUUUAUGGCUAAAUGAUAAUCAUUAUGAUUUGGUGACUUCGCCGUACACGUUUGCGCGGUUAAAUUUGGGUACGUUUUGUUUCUCAUGCAUGUGCUAUUUGCGUCGACACGAACGAAAGAAUACACACGUGUGUGUCUUAAGUACGACCUGUCAUCGUUGCUAUAGUAACACGUGCAAAUGUGAAAACAUGCCUGGUUUUGUACAACAGUGUACGGAAUGUGAUGUUAUUUUUUCCAAUCCCGAUUGUUUUACCAAACAUUUAACACAAAGAGUGUUUAAAACAUAUGUCAACGGCAUGUUGACAACUGAGACGCCGUGUCAACGUUUCUUUUUUUGCGUCGUAUGUUAUAAAACGGUAAUGCGGAAAACCAUCACAACAGGCGGGAAAAAAUAUACAAAGCACAAAUGUGACGAGAUGUUUUGCACACAUUGUAAUAAAAUGAAAAAAAAAGACCAUCACUGCUAUAUUAAAACGCUUAAGCAACAUAAAAAUGAAACACGACCCACUUUGUAUUUCUAUGAUUUUGAAACGCGUGUGGAUGAGGGAGAUAUUUAUAUGAUACCCUUUUAUUGCGUUGUACAAAAAGUAUGCGAUGUUUGUGACGAAAAACCGUUUGUGAAAAAUUAUGAACAUUUUCUACCGCAUCCUAGCGAACCGUUUACCGAUAUUUCCGUUGAACCGGUACCCUGUUGUGGUUAUCGACAAUAUGUUUUUGAAAAAAACAAUGAUGAUAUCGUGUCGGAUCUCGUCGAUUUCAUGAUGACGCAACCCAAAAAUAGUGUGUGGGUGGCACAUAAUGGCGGACGAUUUGAUAGUAUUUUUCUAAUGCGUGAAUUACUAGUCCAACGUAAACUCGUACCUACCGCGGUGAUGAACGGGAGUAAGGUUAUGUCUUUGGAAAUCCCCGAACGUAAUUUGAAAGUAAUUGAUAGCUACUUAUUUCUUGCAAUGCGUUUGGCAAAAUUUCCCGAAGCUUUAGGGCUUGAAAACGUAACGAAGGGCUACCACCCCUAUUUGUUUACCGAUUUGAAUUAUGUCGGCGACAUGGUGGGGUUAGAAUAUUUUGAAUUAGCCACAGAGGGAAGUGAGGAACGCAAAGCUUUUGAUAAGUGGUAUAGACAACAGCAAAGUAAAACAUACGUGUUCCGUGACGCGAUCUACUAUUAUUGCCGUAUGGAUGUGGAUAUUUUAAGACAGGGUUGCAUCAUAUUCUCCAGACUCAUCCAUAGAAUUACAGGUGUAUUGCCCUUUUAUGACCACACGUGUAAUACUGUGGCGGGUUUAGCUUUAAAAAUAUAUCGCAAACAUUUUUUAAAAGAAGAACAAAUCGGUCAGGUUCCCGCAUCCGGUUACAGCGGUGUGAAUAUUAACCAAAGUGCAAUUGCCCUAUGCUGGUUAAAAGAUGUUGAAACUAUGCUGGAUGAAAGCAAUCUAAAAUUGUGUAGUAAGCUUAGUGUCGGCGGUGAACGACGUAUAAUGAAUCAUUAUGUUGAUGGGUAUUGUGAAGAGACCCAAACCAUUUAUCAAUUCCACGGUUGCUUUUAUCACGGGUGCGACCGUUGUUAUGACGGCGCAUGUUAUAACAGUGUUUUAUCUACAAAAUUUUACACACUUUUGGCUAGCACCCAACGUUUAUCGCGAAUGUUUCGACAAGCAGGAUAUACCGUUGUCGAGAAAUGGGAAUGCGAUUAUCGUAAUGAUGUCGACAUGACCCCCUACCGUUUAAAACAAAUGCGCUUAACAAUGUUUUUUGAAUUCAUACAUAUGGAACCGCGUGAUGCGUUGUUUGGGGGGCGCACAUCUCCCGCCACAUUAUACUAUGAUAUGCAGCAAACGGGUUUACCCGCCAUGUAUUUUGAUGUAUGCUCUCUUUAUCCGUAUGCGCAGAAAAAAUUUCAAUAUCCAACACAACAUCCGGUCAUUGUUAAAGGUAGCGCCUGUCAAAAUAUGGACAUCAAUCAAGUGUUUGGUUUAAUUAAGUGUAAAAUUUUCCCCCCACACACCUUUUGUUUCCCGUGUUACCGUAUCGUUCGGAGAAAUUAACAUUUCCUUUAUGCCGCACCUGCGUACAACGUCAACAAAGUGAGACAUGUCGACACAAUGACGAGCAACGUGCAUUACACGGGACAUGGACUAGUGUGGAAAUUCAAAAAGCUUUACAAUUAGACUACCGCAUUUUAAUUGUUUAUGAAAUUUAUCAUUAUCACAAACGCGAAAAAAUAUUCGAUCAAUAUGUGAAUACGUUCAUGAAGCUUAAGCAAGAAAGUAGCGGAAUACCCAAAAAAUGUCUCGAUCAAGACGGUUCGAUAGUACAAGAAAAAUUACAAAAAUAUAUCGACGAUUAUAUGGCACAUGAGGGUGUCGCUUUGGACGCGAGUAAAAUGACCUACAAUGUGGGUCAGAGAACGGUAAUGAAAGCGCUUUUGAAUUCUUUGUGGGGUAAAUUGGCGCAAAACGAAGAUGUUACGGUCGUGUCGUUCUUAGAGGACAUGGACGAUUUGUUAGAAUUAGUAAAUGAUCGUACGGUCGAAGUGACCUCUUUAGAUUUUAUAAGCGAUAAUAUUGCACGAACAACACAUCGCAAAACGGCUAGUCUAACACCGUUGCCAAAUCGUAAUGUGAUUAUCGCCUCAUUUGUCACAGCGUAUGCACGUUUAGAAUUAUUAGAAUAUUUACUUAAAUUAGGCGAAAAUGUUUUGUACUACGAUACAGAUUCUGUGAUUUUUAUAGAGGAUAGGGCCAACGGUAAAUUUCUUGAAACCGGCGAAUAUUUAGGGCAAAUGACCGACGAAUUAAUUGAAAAAAAAACCAGCGCAAAAUGGAUUACACAAUUUUGCUCGACCGGACCAAAAUCCUAUUCCUAUCGUACAAAUACCUAUACGCGUUAUAAUGACGACGGUAGCGAAAGCAAACAACAAGAUGAAAUUGUGCAUGUUAAGGGCUUUUCACUAAAAGGACCGACCAAAAAAUUACUAACAUUCGAUAGUAUUCGAGAAUGUAUAGAGGAUCCUACUAAAGAAAUUGAAAUUACUUAUCGAGAAUUUACGCGUGAAAAUACGCAGAGUAUUUCGGUACAACAAAAUACAAAAAAAUUUAAAUUCACUUUCGAUAAGCGAGUUGUGCAUGGCGAUUUUACAACAACGCCUUUCGGUUAUCGGUAA